AUGACGCGCGCUCAACUCGCUGCCCCAGGCUUGCGCUCCAGCAUUUCCUUGGCUUCAGAUUGGUCGGAAUACGUUGGGAGAAACUGCUACCCUGGCCACGGUGCUGUGGGGCUUGCGGAGGGCUAUGAGCUCCAAGGAAGUUUUGCAGUGGAGGCAUGCAAAGCUGAGUGUGAGAAGGUCUCCACUUGUGCUGGCAUUGUGAUUGCACAGCAACAUGUCAUGGGACAAGGACCUUGCUGGCGUUUGGCUUCCUUGACCGAAUCGGUGCGCGAUCGCAGCGAUCGAAUGCUUGUCAAAUACGCCCUACAACACCUGGCAGAGAGGGGGAGUGUCAGGAUUGUAGAGAAACCUCUGCAAGUCAACCAGGCGGUCUUAGGGGAAUUUGGGGCUUUUGAGUCAGACGAGUUUGGCACGAGCAGUUUCCAAAGCCAGGGCAGCGAGGGUUUGUUUCUGGCUGGUCCACAACACCAAGGGUGCGCAUCCGUGGGGAAAUUCAAAUGGAUGCUGCAGGAUCCCUUGAGUCUGAUAGGAGCGGACAGCUCUGAUAGCGAAGGUGAGGAUGGACAAGGAAAUGCCAAGAAAGCUCGCUUGGAGCCGAAUGAAACUCAAGGCCAUGUGUCCUUUGCCGACCUGCAACAUGCUGGGUAUCAACCGGUGGAGCUACUGGAGACUGAGAGGUACUUGCGUGAUGUGGCAGGGCAGGAGGAGCGAAAGCCAUGCACCGAGGGCUCGAGCGCUCCUUCAGCCGCUGAGACCGAAAUUCCCACGGACCCGGAGCCCAAAGAUCCGCCGGCGCCUGAACCAAUUCCUCAAGCACCAGCAGUGAAGUUGCGUCAGGACAGCCGUGCGCCAAUUCCUUCUGCCUUGGAAACUUUCAAGGAUGCUUCGAUGGUAUUGCACAGUAAGCUCAUGGAGCCCUUGCUGGAGAUGGGCUUUGAGAAGCCAACGCCCAUCCAAGCCUUCUCGAUGCCGAUCAUUGCUGCUGGAAGGGACCUUAUAGGAAUCUCUGCCACUGGCAGUGGGAAGACCUUGGCAUAUCUACUGCCCUGCUUUAGUCGGCUAUUGCGUGCCACUGGGCCAACCAGGGGUAGGCAGUGGCCAUGGAUGCUGAUCUUGGGGCCUACACGAGAGCUGGUGGCACAGAUACAAAAAUCCUCUGAACGUUUUUGCCGCGCGGGGGACGCAUUGGAGCUGGAAGUGAUCUAUGGAGGUGGCUCCAAACAGCAGCAGCUUGCAGGGCUGCGCAAGAAGCCGACCAUCCUGGCCGCCACGCCUGGGAGGUUGCUGGAAUUCUUGGAGGAAGACCCUCCAGUGCUGACCUUGACCCAGCUGCGGGCGCUGGUGUUGGAUGAAGCGGAUCGGCUGCUGGGCGAAGGCUUCGAAGCCCAGGUGCGACUGAUCUUGGCGCAGGCCGCAUCGCCGUCACGGCAGACGUUGCUCUUCUCGGCCACGUGGCCGGUAGCGGUGCAGAGCUUCUCCUCGGAGGUGCUGAAGGACCCGGUGGAGGUUCGCGUUGGGGCCAUGGGAUCUUUGAGCGCCAAUCCAAACGUGGCGCAGGAUGUCAUGAUUUUGCGAGACGAUGGAGAGAAACCUUCAGCUUUGGCGGCCCUGUUGCGCGGGCGACGUUCGGUUCGAGCCAUCGUCUUCGUGGCCACGAAGAGGGGCUGCCAACAGCUGGAACGAAGCCUCAGAGGCCGCCUGCCGCUGUCUGUCGAUGCCAUCCAUGGAGAUCGCAGUCAACGGGACCGCGAGGCGGCUCUGCAACACUUCCGCUCUGGAGCCAUCCAGGUGCUGCUUGCAACCGAUGUGGCGGGUCGUGGCAUCGAUGUGAAGGACGUGAAUCUGGUGGUGAACUACGACAUGCCGCGCUCGGCGGAAGAUUAUGUGCAUCGCAUUGGGCGCACAGGGCGCAACAACAAAGGUGUGGCCGUGUCCAUCCUGACCGACAAUGACCAAGAUGCCAUGUCCUUGAUCGCCAAAGUCAUCAAAGACUCAGGCACCCGCAUGCCACCCGAGUUGGUGAAACGCCUGGGGCCCAACGGGCCACCGGCUCCACCCACUGGCCCCUCGGAGUCUGGUGGACCGGUGGAUCCGCGGAUGCAUUGGUUGGAGCCUUGGAAGGGAUUGGAUGGCAACAAGUACGACAAGGAGGACUUGCUUCUUCUUCCCAAAGUGUCCACUGAGAGGCUGAAGCUGGCGAAGACGACUGGGCAAGAUGUGGCCUCCACCAGGUUCGGCAAGGUGGCCUACUGGAACUGGAACUUGGCACCACAGACCGACGAGGUCGGCGGAAAGAAGGUUCCGGAGUACCUCACCAGCGACUUCCUGUUCACGCCAGAGCAGUGGGGAGCAGGUGAGGUGACGGAGAAGUACCUGCGACCAGCCGGUGAAGUGAACUUUCUGGACAGCAACGGCCAGCCCUGCCCUGCGCAGAUGGCGAACAUUUUGCUGGGCACGAAUGAGCCGGACAUCUAUGGCAGCUGCAUGGGCAACAUGUUUGGAAAGUGCAGAUCACACUGCGAGACACCUACAGACUGCCCCAUUGCUCGCUUGGACUUGACUUCCGCGGCUGAGCCAAACUCCAGGGGUGAGUGCAAUUGCUGGCAAUACUCCCAUGCGACAGGAGCUGGCUUUUGGCCCUUGGCGGGCUGCAGCGCCUCCCAGCCCUUGCCAAAGAUGUGGGAGGAUUUGGGUUGCGUGGACACUGUGAUGAAUAAUUGGAAGAAGACGGCACGUUCGGCCUAUUCCAAGGGCUACAAAUUCUUGACCACUCCUCUGGUGGCUGAGAAUAUGGACUACGCCAAGAGUUUUAUCGAGCACGCCUGUGGAUGCGUCAACGGUCAGUGCAGCUGUCAAGACGCAAGUUGUGGUUGCCCUGUAUAUGUGGGAUUCCACUUCUAUGCGUAUGACUGUUUGCCUGAGGGCCCUGGCGGUUAUGACACCUUGCAACAUCGUUUGGACGCUGUGGCGAAGAUCAUGGAGCUGUAUCCUUUCGUGAAGGGCGCCAUCAUCAACGAAGUGGGCAUGUUGAACUGUGCCUCCGAAGACCAGAAUCCAAUCUGUGUUCCAAACUCCGGCCAAAAUCCUGGAAAGAAUCAGAAGGACCGUAGCUGCCCAGUGACAGAGCAACUGCCCCAUGGCAUGGCCAGCUUCAUCAAGAAGCUCUUUGAUCACAUCAAGGCCGCCAGAACCAAGGAUGGCCGGGAGGUGGUAAAGCACGUCUCUUGGUUCAACCAUGAUGAAGAUGGAGGUGUUUACAACCUCCUUUUGUUUGGUCCUGAUGGCAGACUCAACGAGGCUGGGGAAGCCUACCUGUCUGCCUGUGAGGGCUGGCGGCGAUGAGCGAUGGUACUGAUGGGAACUGAUGGCGGAGAUUGGAUCAAUA